AUGCAAACGACUGGACGAACAUAUCUGUCGGCUCGCGGACAAUGCAAGGAAACUUCAGCCAUGAAUCUCCCUCUCAUCAAGCAAUUUAUCCAAACUACCGGUUAUCUCUUUGACAUCGCGACUUCAAUGUUACUAUCCGUCUUGGAGUUCGUAAAGGACGUCUUCGCUCUUGUUACAUUCCGCGCGUCGUCUACUGCCGAGCCAGAAUAUCCCCACAUUGCCGUUAUGGUCAAGGUGGAAACCUAUCAUCAGAAUGCUACAAUGGCCCGCGAGCAGCUACGCGAGCCGUUAAGCUACUACUUCGUCGCCGUCAGUCUUCUAAAUUACACGGGCGUGAAGGAGAUUAUCGCAAUCGCUCAGACCACAAACGCCAUCAAGGACGCUAUUCGCUCUGCGCAUGGAUCAUUAUCCUAUCAACUAGGUUCCUCAUCUAUACAGCACCAUCAUCCUGGGUCCUUCCUUGCCUAUGUCUAUUCAAGGGGUGAGGACAGCCCAGUUUAG